CAAUGAAAAUAGUGGCAAAGGACGACGGUCAUUGGCCGUUAGGUUUACCCCCACAAAAUCACCGGCAGGCUAUAUAGAAGACCCCGCAAGGAAUUUCAUCUUCAGAACUGAGAGUCAGUGUCGCGGAAGUCUACCUGGAAAUAACCAAGAAAUAACACAAAAUGGAGUACAAAAAGUUCGUCUCCCUCUGUCUGGUAUCGAUGUGCCUGGCACAGGCCGCAUCCUUGCCCCAGCCUCCGGAGUACUCGCCGCAGUACCGCCCGGAACAAUUCUCACAUCAGAGUGCUCGGGACGAGAGAAAAUUCGCAGAAAAACCAAACGCCAUGAAGAAAGUUGCCCUCGAUGACAUCGACGACAUUGGAACGAAUUCUAUUCAGGAGGGAGGAGCGACGAGUUUUUCGUGGAGCAACAUGCUGGGAAUGCUGAUGCAGAUGAUUUUGGGUCAGAGUGCAUCGGGCAUAGUGGGCCCGAGUAAGAACGACGUUGACGAGGGUGCGCCGGCGAGUCCAUGGACGAACCUGUUGACGGUUGGUUUCCGAGUGCUGGGGGCGUUGCUCAGUGGCAAUCAGCAGUCGGUCGACGGGAUCGACAAGGUCGACAAUCAGUCGAGCCCGAUGCAGGGCAUAUUGACUGCCGUGCUGGGUGCCUUUCUAGGACAGGGAAGAGAUCCCAGUCGGGUUGCUGAAAUGGCUGAGCAGGCUUCCCAGUUCAUCAACAUCGUGAUGAACCUUCUCGAGGCCCUGAAAACUUCCUUCUCUCAUCGCUCGAUCACCGCUCGAUCCCUGGGAAGACGUGACACCAUCGCUGAGGCCGCUGUCGCUUCGAUCUCCAUGCUCAAAGGCUACGUACGUUCGAUGAAAUCGUUCAGUAACUUCGGCAAAGCCGAGGACGAGGGCCACCGGGGUUGCGCGGAGCGUGCGCUGUGCGAAGCGAGUGCGGAGUGCAUCGCAGAAACGCAAGGGACUUCGUCGAUAUUCUGUCAGCUUGGCUCAUACGCAACGAGUUUCGUCCUCCAAAUGCAGAGCGGCGUGGGUUUCGAGGCGCUGUACGAGGCCGGAAGACGCGGACGUUCGGGCGAGGACUGCCGGACGCAUUUUAUGGACUGCAACGCGAUUUGAGUCCGAGAAUAAAACUCUCGAACGAUUUGAAAAUGUGAUAAAACGAAGAAAAACAAACAAACAAAAGACAAAAAUCAUCCGCAGAGGAGAAGAAAACGAAAAAUAUUCAUUGGUUUUGGCCCCUGCCGCUCUCUUUCUCUUUCUUUCUCGGGCCGAUUACCUCCCGAGGACCGAGGACAUUCAAGUCACGGCGCUUCGUGUUUACGAAAAUGCGCGCACGCGCGCGCCCGGUGUCGCUCUUUGUUUCCCACUUUCUCCCCGGCAACGAUAACAACGAGAAAGUCCGAAGGAGAACAAAGCCCGUAAAGACGAAAUAAUAUUCGAGAUAAUAGUUUAAAUAAUGGAAAACGGAGCGACGGAGACUGACGCGGUGAGAAAGAAAGAGAGCGGCUCGAAACUCGCGAAUUCUCAAGCAUUUGAGUUUGAACUAGGCAUUUCCGACGAUGCCCCAUCAAUUAUUUAUUCGUUAUGAUAUUUAUUUAUUGAAAGAGCGCAAAUCCAAUUGCGCGACAUUUCGCAAGAGAAAACGCGAGUCUUACGUCCCUCUCAAGAGAGCCAAUUUUUUUCGUAAUUUGAGAAAUCGAACAAAAUUCGUCGAACACGAACUUACUGACUACGAAAAAUAAAUUAGAUCAACCGACGAAAAAGAUGCUGCCAAAAAAUAUUGCUCCUUUUCAUUCGUUCAGCUUUAAUCGAAUUUUAUCGAAAUUUUGCUUAUCGACGUUGUCUCCUGCGUAAUUGCCCGCGCAAUCUCAUUUAUUAUAAAUAUAUGAAUAUAUAAAUACGUGAAUUUAUAUAUUCAUGUAUUCUCAUCGUUUAGUUGGCCUCGAGUCAGCCACUAUUUAUUUAUAUUGGGGGAAGAUAACGAGCUUGACGAUUUCGGUUUGAUCGGAAAUUCAAAAAAAUUCGAUAAUUUUUGCCACGAUUCGCAGAUUCUUUUUUUUCAGUUCCGUAAUAAUUGGACCAAAAAUUAUCACGACCGUAAAGGUGUCCAAAAAAACUCGCUGUCCAAUCCUAUCGAUGAAAAUUAAGCCCGAAUGACUCUCCCAAAAAGAAUCAAGAGUUAGUUUCUCAGGAUAUUGUAUUUUUUUUCAUCUCCGAGAUCGAAAUUUUCCUUCUAAUCUUCUUGUAUAUAUAAUAACGAAAAAAGGAAAGAAAAAAUUACGAAUCGCGAUGGAUCGACGAAUCGGAAGAUUCGCGCGGUCUUCGUCGAAUUAUUUGUCGUGGCUAUUCUUUGCGUUUCACACACAGUGCGUUUAUUGUUUUAUCUAGUUUAGAUGUAUUUGUAAUAUGUAAUAUAACGAGAAUCAGUACAAUUGCAUUUGAUGAUCGCUAAAUAAACGACUGAUUA